CUGGGUUCUAGCCUGUCCCUCCACAGUGUGUGAGAGAGGGCGGGGAGGUGCACUGUAGCGGGGAAUCUCUCGGCGGCAGGAAGGAGACAGCAGGAAGUAAAGGUGUCGUUUGAGUAGUUUGUCAAGACGGAAGGAAUGGAAGAAGUGGGAGCUGACCGCCCAAGUUCACCUGUCCAGGGGCGUGCAGUCACGUUGCGCAUGCGCAAAAGGAAGACUAGGCUUGAUUUGUGGAACGGUCUCAACUUCUUGUCCCAGCCAAUCCAGAUGCAGUUAGAGGGGUGGGGCCUGGCCGUCACUGGCUGGCGCGGCGUUUGCGCGCGGGUUUCAUCGUGUAGCAGCUGUUCGCGAGAUUAGUUCGCGCCAUGGAAUCGGGGCUGAUCCGGCGUUUAGCACCGCGCUUGGGUAUCGCCGAGCCAGAUGUGCUAAGGAAAGCAGAGGAGUACUUGCGACUGUCCCAGGUGAACUGUAAUGGCCUGUCUGCACAUACCACAGAAACCAGCAAUGCAGUCAUGUGCCUGGAUCUUGCAGCUUCCUGUAUGAAGUGCCCCUUGGACAGGGUUUAUUUAAUUAAACUUUCUGGUUUGAACAAGAAGAUGUAUCAGAGCUGUCUUAAAUCUUUUGAGUGUUUACUGGGCCUGAAUUCAAAUAUUGGAAUAAGAGACCUAGCUGUACAAUUUAGCUGUACAGAAGCAGUGAAUAUGGCUUCAAAGAUAUUGCAAAGCUACAAGUCCAGUCUUCCACAAACACAGCAGUUGGAUCUCGACUUAUCCAGGCCACUUUUCACCACUGCUGCACUACUUUCAGCAUGCAAGGUUUUAAAGCUAAAGGUGGAUAAAAAUAAAAUGGUAGCCACAUCUGGUGUGAAAAAAGCCAUAUUUGAUCGACUAUGUAAACAAUUAGAGAAGAUUGGGCGGCAGGCUGACAGAGAGGCUGGAGAUUCAGCUACUCCACCACAGAAGAAAAAGAAGACAAUGGUUGAACCUCCAGCAAAAGAAACAGAGAAGGUAGUAGACAGACCACAUAAACUGCAGAAAGAUGAAGAUCUGACACAGGAUUAUGAAGAAUGGAAAAGGAAAAUUUUGGAAAAUGCUGCCAAAGCACAAAAGGUUAUAGCAGAGUGAUUUCAGCUUCCAGACUGCCAUUGGCUGCAAACUAAUAGUACAUCUGCCACCUCAAUGAAGAUGUGAGAGCUUUGGAAUUUUAUUUGAACUCUUAUAACAAGGAUCCGAAGACUACUGCCUUAAAAGCAAAGAAGUCAGUGCUGGGGCUGAGUUCUUGGAAGCAAACUGGCCGGUGACAUGGGCGACAAAUUCACUAGGUCAGGCCCAGUGCCUGGUUGGCAUGGCUUUGGCUCCCCACAGGUCUGCAUUCCUACAAAAUGGAAUUGGAGCCAUUUUGCUCUUAACAAUUGUUUUAAGCAAAAGACAUUCUCCUGUCCUAUCAAUAUAAAAUUCAGGUCUGAAUGGAUUACUAUGGAUUUUACUUAGGUUUUUGUGUAAAUUUCUUGUUUGACUAAAUCAGUAUAUGGUACAGCCUGAGUUAAUAAAUAUUUCUUUUUAUAUGCA